GACAACGCCAGUACUACAGGAGGAGGCAGGAAGAGGGUGAGUUUAGGAUCUGAGGACAACGCCAGUACUACAGGAGGAGGCAGGAAGAGGGUGAGUUUAGGCUCUGGAGACACCAGUACUACAGGAGGAGGCAGGAAGAGGAUGUGGACAGCAGAGGAGACCGAGUGGGUGAAGGAGGGAGUGAGGCGCUACGGAGAGGGGAACUGGUCCAGGGUAAAGUCCUCUUUCCCAUUCUUGGGCCGAACCGCCGUGAACAUCAAGGAUCGGUGGAGAACCAUGAAAAAGCUCAAGAUGGUCUGAGGCCACCAAACCGGGAGGGACUAACUUGUCCAAUAAGAAAUGCUCGUUUACAUUUGCUACGGGGUGCAGUAACGAAUUUGACGCUGGAGGGCCUCUGAGCUACGCAGGACAAUGACAUUAUCCAGUUGUGAGAAUGGAUGUUUUCCCGCCGCACAUCUGUCAACAACGAGGACAGGAAGCUGAAGAUGGUCGAGGGGCAGAGGGCCUUUGGACUAAGAUAAAUGUUGAUUCUGCCACUUUUUGAACAUGUUUAUAGAAGUAUUUUAUUUUAUCACUCGUCUUUCUUGGUAGAAUAAAGACUUCUCUUAUACCGA